GCUUCCAGAGUCUGCACUUCUCCCGGUGCCGCCUAAGCCCCUACCGAAACGCUUUGUAACGGAAGUGGUUACCGGCUCCAAUUUUAUACCAAUUGAUUUGCGUGACUCGACCAGCCGCGCCAUCGAGACAAGAGGAACAAGACAUCCGACAUCCAGGCUCAAUAGACCUAGCCCCUUCGAUUUUCCUAUUCAGGAGGGAAUCGUUGCUCAUCUACAGUAGCCGCUGUUCCAGCCACCCUGAUCAGCCAUCAAUGGACGAAAUCUGAAACCAGUCAUCGAGACGCCGCAUCCCGGUUCGCACCGAUGAAUACAGACCUUGGACGUCGGGACGCUCCACCCUUCCGUUUGCCGAUUAAAACACAACAGUCGGACGAAUAGGUAUACCAUAAAGGCAAGGCGGGGUUAGAGAGAUUGCGUGGUCCACGGGGUGGAGGCUGAGGGAUGAGAAUGAAAGUGAGAACGGAGGCACAGAGGUCGGAGGGUGAGAUACACGAUCCCCUUAAUCCCUCAUAAUAGCUCGCUCUGAUAAACAGCCCCUAUCCUCCCACCACGUGUCUUCACGCUCACUACGAAUCUACCAUUUUAUUCCACCGAACGGACUAUUGGUCGAGGUGCAAGUUCAAGAAUACUCAAAAUAAAAACUGAGCUUGCCGAUGCUACUUCGAAGCUAACAUAGGACGGUGUACGUUAGCUUUUUUUUGCAAGCUUUUUUUUGACGUUAGCCUUUUUCCAAGCUACGUGACAAUAUAGCUCGGACGAUAAUGCAGUGACGAUCGAGGACUCUGAAAAGUUUGACGAAUCUGAAAAAUGUGUCCUGGUACGUGGGCCGAAGGUAAAAUCGACGAGGUCGCUGCUGGGUGGCCCAGGUAGAAUCCUGAAACGUUUCUCGUCGUAGCCACGGCUAUUGGGGAUUUGCAUCUCUGCGCAGAGAAUACGAACCAUUGCGUUGCUGGUACAGAGCUGCUGGAUGGGUUGGGACAGUGGAAGAGAGAGAGAGCGGAAAUCCGGUUUGGGGGCGGAGAGUCCACAAGUAGGAGGAAGACAGCAUAUCGUGGUCGAUCUGUCUAGCCUAGCCCUGACUAUGGUUCUGGCUCUGGCUGGUUGGCUGGCUGGCUGGCAGAACCAGAGAGCGUCUAGGUUGCGUCUGCAUCACACAAACUCGGUAUUAUCUAUACGUCUAGACGGCCUUGCGCUAUAGAGGAGACCAUCGCGGUUUGGAGCUCUGCUAGUAAUUUACAGCGCAAUCCCCCUCUAGAGUUAGCGUCGUCGUCGUCGUCGUCGGGUACAGCCGCAGCGACGUUCUUCUCUCCACAGUCAACCGACUCUUUUUUCUUCUUCCUUUACCUUCAUCCAUAUACCAGCACCUUUAACCUUUUCAACGACUUCUCUAGGGAAUCGAAAAUUCAGAGUCCAAACGCACUCGAUGUUUAGUUCUCGAGGUAUGCCUAUACCUCGAUAUAUACCCGUAUAACGAACGUUCGACGAUAUGGAAAUAUCGCAUGAUGCGAUAUAAUCGAUUAUCGAACAAUCGAUCCAACAUGGCGUCGUUCGAACUUUUGAAGAGUGACUAUCAAUUGUGGAUAUAGGCGCGUCGAGUUGACAAGGUAAACUUUUGUAAAUGCAUCUUCGGAAAACUCCCGUUUAUUUGAAGUCAGUAGGGGGAGUUGGUGGGUGGGUGGUUAGGUUAGGAAAGUGCUACUAUGGAUCGGAGCUACGAAGCCGGCUGACGCUUUAAGCGGCGUAACUUACAGCAAUUGCGCUUCUGACUGGUCUUGAGCGCAGAUUAGUCGUAAUCUCGGUGCACUGCACCCACCCCAGACUGACUCACCCCUUUAUACACAGACUGAUAUAGAGAAUGCCUUUCUCUUCCUCUCUCUCUCCCUCUCCCUCUCUCACGGUUCUACCCCAUUACUCCAGUCGCUCCACGUACGGAUAUCACAAGCCCUAUACCAACACGCUUUAAACAGACUCCAUCCGCCGCCUCUCUCUCUCUAUAUCGUUGGCUUUGAUUAUUUCCUGGAGGCUUAAGACAAGAUGUCUGCGCCACUAUGCUGCCAGCUGCAGCAUCGGCACCGGCACCAACACCAGCAAUCCUCAACGCACCCGCCGUGCCACAACAACGAGUUACUACUGCGCGAGAGAUUAAACGACCUUGCUUUACGAGACUCUGAAAUCCAUAGGUGAGCUUUACGGCCGCAGGAUUCUUCUUCGUUACUCAAUACGUAACGGAGACCUUAGGUUUGGCUGAGUGUUACUUGGGUUUCUAUGGACUUCUAUUGAACAAACUUUCGGCCAGCUUGACUGCGAUACUCAAAAGUAUUUCUUGAAUUGACGCGUAGAGAUGAGCGCUUCCUCGGGAAAGACGCGUGAAAGGAGAGACAAGAACGAAGUGGAUUUUCAGAUGAAAAUGGAGAGUAAAAAGACCGAGAGAAAUGUCUACGAGAGAUACACGGAUUGUACCAAGGGGCCGAUUACUUUCGAUAAUAUAUGGAAGGAAGUCGUUAGACUUGAACGGAAGUUGCAGAGAGAAUGGGGGAAAAGAUAUGGCCAUCUUUCCGGUGAGAUGCUGAAACAGAUACUUGCUGAGGAAUGUGUCAGUGCGGGACUUCCGGUUGAUACCUUUGAACGGAAACGAGCGGAAGAUCUGAUUAAAAAAUCUCCAAUUCCAUUGAAGCCUUCUCCGUCUAUACCAAAAACUAGCUCAGCUAGAAUAGGAUGGAGAUCUUCGUUAAAGGAAUGCAAUUUGGAAUUCACAGGACCUAUGUACAUCUCCGACAAGAAAACGAUUGAGCCUCCUCUAGAACCUGGAGAAUUUCGGAUAAGUCAACAGAAAUUUAUUUAUCUCGGAUAGAGCUCUUCAUUUAAGAUAGAGGUAUGCCAGUCU